GGCCGCAGGAGAAGAUACUCGGGCCUCGAACUGCAUCUCGAACUGCAGUCACGAGGCGCCCAUUCACUUUGUACAGGCGAGCUGUGACUGCACUUUUCGCUUUUCUGUGACCGGAACUGAACUCCCUAUGGGGACCAGGAUCCCAGAUUCAGACUCUCCUCUUUCACUUCAGGCGUGUAAAAUAAUGACCUCCGUAGUGCAGUGCGAUGGUUGUGGAUCGUCCACGACCACUCUAAAGUUUGUUUCGUGUUUGCACGCACUGUGUGUGCCGUGCCUGCAUGCAGAACAGCUUGGGAUUUGAUGGCAGCGUAAAGUGUCCACUAUGUUCAGUCAGCACGCAGUUGCAUUUCGGCCAGGAUCCAUUGCGAUCGCUACCGAAUGUAGUUCAAGCAAACGAUACGACUGGAGCGGCUGCAGGCCGAGGUCAGGCCAUUCAAACCUGUGACGAAUGCUGGGAUGGAAAGCCAGCUACAGUGGGUUGUGAGAACUGCAACGGCAAAUUUUGUGAGCACCAUGGUACUGGCCAUCCCAUGUCUAAAUCUGGCAAAGGUCACACAGUGAAGGCGCUAUCUGCAUCCUCCACAAACAUUGGUAGCAGCAGUGGCAGAGUGGUCCAGCAUAGAUGUGCUCUACACACGAAUGAAGUGCUGAAACAGUUUUGCUUGGAUUGCAAUCAGCUAUUGUGUACGCAGUGCAUACAUACUGGAGCACACAGACAUGAUGAACACAAGGUGAUGGAUAUUGCCAGUGCUGCACAAAACACUCGUGAAACACUUUCUACUAAGCUGAGCAGUUGUACAUCAGAAUGCGAUGGUGUUGUCAGCAGUGCCGUGGAGACGGUGGAGAAGAACAUUCGGAUGGUACAUAGUCAAACAGAGUAUGCUUCAGAGAAGGUUUCUGGUUUCUUCAAGCCACUGAUGGAGGCAGUGAAGAAACGAAAGGACUCUCUUCUUACCGAACUGGAUGAGCUGAGGUUGAAGAAACUGGAACCUCUGGAGAAGCAACUACACCAGCUGCAGGAGUGUGUGUCAAAAGUAGAGAGUGCUGCCAAUAUCGUGCAGUCAUUUCAGGACGAUGUUGAGCUUCUCCGUGUGUGGUCCUGGGUGGCUGCGUCUAUCAGCAAGACCAUGAAAACUGCCGAGGACGAGAAAGAGCCAUGUGUUACCUGUGGCAUUGUGUUUGGCAUGACGGACACCACAUCACUACUCAAGGACAUCAGCAAGACGGGAGCAGUGCUGGAUGUUGCUGAUGGUACAUUGAAGUGCCACGACAAAGCCGGUGUCAAUGACCAUAUCAGCAUCUCUAUAGAGCUACCAGAAAAUGCUAUCUCAAGCGUCAUGGAGCAAGAUCAACUGGAUAACAUUGGACUGGAGAUAUCAAUAUCCGAUCCGGAUGAGGACACAACCAACGUGUGCACUCAGCUUACACCUGCUUCUGGGCGCAUACAGACUGAACGUAUCGCGUUGCAAACCGGUCACUACAACAUCUCGGCCAAGAUUGGAUGUGUCCAUCUGAAGGGUAGCCCACAGAAGCUGGUGGUGUCGGCAACUAACGUUACUUCCAAGACGUUUGAUGGAAAUCGCUGUGGCAGCCGGGUGAAUAUCACCAAUGAUGGUCGCUCACUGAGCAAGACCAGUGGCACUGGUGGUUUUUGGUCAUAUGCACUUACCGCACCUAUGGUCACUGGUAGUGGUAGCAGUACACUGAAGGUGACGAUUGACAAGACCGCCUCUGGAAACAUCUUCCUCUCUGCCUGUUCAUCCAGCAAUCCAAAACUGGAAGAUUGCCAACAGGACAAGGCACAGUGUUUUGGUUGGUAUGGCGCUAGUGCUGCUGGCUACCACACCGGGAAAGCCCUUGGUCAACCAUGGCAAACUGGUGACAUCAUUCAUCUCACAGUUGAUCAUGAUCGUCACACUCUAACUGGUAGACACGAGAGAACGGGCGCCACAGAAACCAUCCCGAACGUCACGGGUAACCUGUACUGGAUUGUGGCACUCUACGACCCUGGUGAUAAAAUCACGCUGGUGUAGGACAUCAAAAAUUAAUGGUGAACACUUCAGAUUGCCGCUUGACUAUUUUAUGAUCAGGUAGUGUCAUGACUUCUUAGAUGUGUGUUUCCCAGUGUCAGAUUUGAUCUUUAACUAGUAUGUAAUACAUCACU